GGCAAGUCUUCGCUUCGCUCCUCUCUGCGGCUCCCUCCGGCGAGCGGCGAUGGCCUUCUCACCCCCGCUGAUCGACUGGGAGGCGGAGAGCUACCCUGCCUACCCAGAUUUCGCGGCCAUUCCCCUUUUCGUCGUCUUCUUCCUCGUCGUCCGUUUCUUCCUCGACCGCUUCGUAUUCGAGUGGUUAGCCAGGAAGCUGAUUUUCAAGGAGGAGGAUGAGAAGAAGCUUGGCCCUACUACAUAUGCAGGCAAGAGAAAGAUCAGGAAAUUUAAAGAAUCAGCUUGGAAAUGCAUGUAUUUUCUUUCUGGGGAGCUAUUGGCAUUGUCUGUGACGUACAACGAGCCAUGGUUCACAACCACAAGAAAUUUCUGGGUUGGACCAGGCGAUCAGAUCUGGCCAGAUCAAAAAAUUAAAUUGAAACUCAAGACAGUCUAUAUGUAUGUUGCUGGCUUUUACACAUACUCGAUAUUUGCCCUUUUGUUUUGGGAAAUAAGGCGCUCAGACUUCGGUAUUUCAAUGACUCAUCAUGUAGCAACCGUCUGUCUGAUAGCACUGUCUUACAUAUUCAGAUUUGCUCGGGUGGGUUCAGUUGUCCUUGCCAUUCAUGAUGCUACUGAUGUGUUCCUGGAGCUUGGAAAAAUUUCCAAGUAUAGUGGCCAUGAGUUGUUUGCAGAUGUUUCAUUUCUUGUUUUCGUCAGUUCUUGGGUACUCCUCCGCCUUAUAUAUUAUCCGUUCUGGAUUCUCUGGAGCACGAGCUAUGAAGUUGUUCUGACUCUAGACAAGGAAAAGCAUAAAGUUGACGGGCCAAUAUACUACUAUGUAUUCAACAGUCUUCUCUUCUCUCUACUUGUUCUACACAUAUAUUGGUGGGUUUUAAUGUAUCGGAUGCUUGUGAAGCAAAUACAGUCUAGAGGGCACGUUGGCGAUGAUAUACGAUCUGAUUCUGAAGGUGAAGAGGAACAUGAGGAUUGAUUGAGCUGUGUAGAGUUGGAAGAUAAUAAGUAACAUGGGGAUGGAUUGAGCUGUAUAAGUUCCAAAGGCGAAAAGGAAUACGUGGAUGGAUUGAGCUGUGUAAAUUCUGAAGGUGUAUCAAAUCAUUCUGCUGUUUUUCUUCUGUCCUUGUUCUUGAUAAGUAACAAUAAAUUAGUGCCCUUCUCUAGGUGAGCAUCAUCGAUAGAUGUCACUUGGGCAUUAUCAUUAUCUAUUGAUGUAAAAUCAGGUCACAUUGCAUAGCACACACACAACAGUUAAUGGAAAAUGUUAGCAGUGCA